AUGAUAUGCAGUACUCAUUUCACUAAGUGCACUAUCAGUGAUUCUCUUUCAGUACUUCAUGAAUAUUACCAACUAGGUGACCUCAUCAUUGGCGGAAUUGCAUCACAUACAGUUUAUCUUUCAGAGAUGGCUUCCUUCAAGAAUCACCCUAACAAGGCGUUGAUUAAUCAGCCUGUUGUACUGACUAAGAGCUAUCAGCAUGUCCUGGCCUUGGCAUUCGCUGUAAAUGAAAUAAAUGAAAAUUCUCAGAUCUUACCCAAUGUCAGUUUAGGAUUACGCAUCCAUGACACCAAUUUCAAUGUACAGCAGACCUUUCAUGCCACAAUGAAAUUUCUUGCCUCACGAAAAGAAAAUCUCCCCAACUACAAGUGUGAUACCCAGGACUAUCUGAUAGGUGUCAUUGGGGAACUUCACCCUACAACAUCUUUCCACAUGGCAACAUUGUUACACAUCUACAAAGUUCCACAGAUCACCUAUGGGUCAGUUCCAGUGAUACAUGGUGAAUUCCCAGGGCUUUCUUUCUACCAGAUGGUCCCAAACGAAGACCAUCAAUAUGAAGGGAUUGCUGAGUUACUUCUGCAUUUCAGGUGGACAUGGAUUGGGAUCAUUGCUGUGGAUAAUAACAAUGGAGAAAGGUUUGUGCAGGCUAUGCUUUCUCUGUUUCCUCAUAAAGGCAUUUGCCUUGCCUUCAUGCAAAAAAUCCUUCAAAUUAUGUAUUUCGAUGAUUUUUUUAAGAUUGGGGAGAAGAUGUGGGAAAUGUUUGACAUUGUAAUGGAAAGUAAAGCCAACACAUUGAUAUUUUAUGGAGAAAUAGAAACUUUUACAACUAUAAUGUGGAUGGAAAGACUGUCAGAAGUGGGAUACACAACAGUAAAACCCAAGGGGAAGGUGUGGAUCAUGACUACACAGAUGGAUUUUGUCUCAUUUUAUUACCAAAGGAAUUGGAAUAUGCAACUAAUCCAUGGUGCUUUAUCCUUCACUGUUCACACAAAUGAACUUCAAGGCUUCAAGCAAUUUCUUCAGAGCAGAAGUCCUUUCUUUGCAAGUGAAGAUGGUUUCAUCACAGACUUCUGGGAACAAGCAUUCCUUUGUCAUUUCUCAGUGAUGAAAAAGUUGUUUGAUGAAAAGUGCACUGGGGAAGAGAGCUUGGAGAGUCUUCCUAGUGCUGGAGACAAAAUUUCCUUUGAUCACAAUGGGGCCCUGGAAGCUGGAUUUGACAUUGUCAACUGGAUCACAUUCCCAAAUCAAUCCUUCCUCAGAGUGAAAGUUGGAAAAGUGAAUCUCCAGACUCCCGUAAAAGAAUUCACUAUUAAUGAGUCUACUAUUACAUGGCACAUUGGAUUUAACCAGCUCCACCACUUUUUACAGAGUAUUUCAUUCAACAACAGUGCUGGGGACAAAAUUUCCUUUGAUCACAAUGGGGCCCUGGAAGCUGGAUUUGACAUUGUCAACUGGAUCACAUUCCCAAAUCAAUCCUUCCUCAGAGUGAAAGUUGGAAAAGUGAAUCUCCAGACUCCCGUAAAAGAAUUCACUAUUAAUGAGUCUACUAUUACAUGGCACAUUGGAUUUAACCAGACAUUGCCUAUUUCUGUGUGUACAGACAGUUGCCAUUCUGGUUAUCACAAAAAAAGAAUAGAAGGGGUGCCAUUUUGCUGCCAUGAUUGCAUCCCAUGUCCAGAAGGGAAGAUUUCUAACCAGAAAGACAUGAACGACUGUUUCUGGUGCCCAGAAGAUCGUCACCCAAAUGAAGAUCAGGAUUUUUGCACUCCCAAAGCUGUAAGCUUCCUGGCUUUUGAAGAGCCCUUGGGAAUCAGCUUAGGCACUGGUGCUCUUUCAUGUUCCUUGAUCAUAGCUCUUGUGCUCAUGGCUUUUAUGAAGUAUCAUGACACUCCUAUUGUCAAAGCUAACAACAGGAAUCUUACCUACCUUCUCCUUCUCUCCCUCCUGCUCUGCCCCCUCUGUGUAUUGCUCUUCAUUGGCAGACCUUGGAUACUGGGGUGUCUAUUCCGACAAACUGCCUUUGGCAUCAUCUUCUCCAUGGCUGUUUCUUCUGUAUUGGCAAAAUCUGUCACUGUGGUUCUGGCUUUCAUGGCCACCAAGCCUGGUUCUAAAAUGAGGAAAUGGGUGGGGAAAAGACUAGCUAGCACCAUUGUUCUUUCCUGCUCCCUUAUACAAACAGGUAUUUGUGCUAUAUGGCUGGCAACCUCUCCCCCAUUCCCAGAUGUUGACAUGCAUUCUGUGACUGAGGAAAUUUUACUAGAAUGCAAUGAAGGGUCUGUGACUAUGUUUUACUGUGUCUUGGGGUACUUGGGUUUCCUGGCCAUUGUUAGCUUCACUGUGGCUUUCUUCGCCAGGAAGUUGCCUGACAGUUUCAACGAAGCCAAGUUUAUCACAUUUAGUAUGUUGAUCUUUUGCAGUGUCUGGUUAUCUUUUGUCCCAACCUACCUGAGCACCAAGGGAAAAUACAUGGUGGCUGUGGAAAUUUUUUCCAUCUUAUCAUCCAGUUUUGGCUUGCUGGGUUGUAUAUUUUUCCCGAAAUGCUACAUUAUUGUGCUGAGGCCUGAGCUGAACAAUAGGGAGCAACUCCUCAGGAAAAAACCCCUGAAUACAAUAUAA